AUGAGCCUCUUCCCUGUGCUGGAGUUUCACACGUCUCUGACCUUUGUCUCAUUCCAGAUUUACUACCACCACCAGCACGCCGCCUUCACCCUUCUCAACACUCCAAAUACCCCAUCAGGGUUCACAAGCGCGUUCCUUCGUUCUCCGGUCGGCUCUCGACGCCAAUCAGUCAGUGAGCCAAGUCAAAGUGAGGAAGACGAUGAAGGUCUCCGCCAGUUCACAGACGCACAGCUCAUCGAUCCGAAUGAACUGAGCCAGAUCCUCCAAGAUCAUCUCGACAGCGAGGCAUCCGUCGUCGAAGAAGAACCUGACCUUGAACCGGACUCAAUCUACGUCAACAUCCGUGGCCACAGUCCCUGCAGUCCCUACGGCGACAUGUCUUCCCCAAACGCGUUUCCUUCCCUGGACACCUCUCUCCCUCCCCCUUCCAACCGCGUGUCAUCCGCCUCUUCCACCGCUCCUUCCUCUGUCAACGGCAGCAAUGGCAUCGGCCCUGGGUCGGGUGCGGCAGGAGCAGCAGGAUACAUGCCUCCUCUACCGGUCGGACAUCAGCAAGACCUGAAUCACCUCUUCAACCAAAUUCAAGAGUUGGGAGCUCUAUUGAGAAGCAACCGCGACAAAGUCAAUUCCAUCACACGCAAUGCUGAGGAAGUCGCGAAACGCGCAAAUGGAGCGCUUACAGAUGGCGAGUCGGCCCAGCCAGAAAAUGACAAAGCGAAGAUCCGCGAACUGGAACUGGAACUCGCAAAGCAGAAACACCUCGUCGAACUCUACAAGCACGAACAAAAGGAGAACACAACCUUGAUUGGCAUGUACGAAGAAGCAAUGGGGACUGCGGUCGAACAAAUACGAAACUACUGCGGCGACAUCGAGGGUCGAUUCUUGCGACAACGCAGACAUUACAACGACCUCUUGCAGCAGGAGAAGGACGACCACUUACAGUCACGCCUUGACAGGGAUCACUGGUACGCGCAAACACUCAAGGUAUGUGAGAUGAUUAGGACGGCGCACCGAUUGAGAACCGAUGAGUGGUGCGAAGAGUACACCAUCAUCGCCGCGUUACAAGGGGAGGUGAGGUGCUUGAGACGAUGCAUUGGAAUGGAGCCAGAGAAGCCGGAGGAGGAAACCGGCUGGCCAUAUCUGAAGGACUUGCCUCUGCCUGAAUAA